AUGUGCAGUUUGAGGAUCCGGGGGAGGUUCUUCAAUUUGAGCAUUAUUAAUGCGCAUAGUCCGCACCUUGGAAGCACCGAUGACGAUAAGGAGAACUUUUAUACGCAGCUGGAGAGGGAGUACGACCGCUGUCCACAACACGACGUCAAGAUUGUCAUCGGAGAUUUUAACGCUCAGGUCGGACGGGAGGAGGUAUAUAAACCCACAAUUGGAAGUUCCAGCACCCACCAGCUCACGAACGACAACCGGCUUCGCCUUGUAAACUUCGCCUCCUCCAAGCACAUGACCAUUCGCAGCACCUUUUUCCAGCACGCACCUCGCUUCAGCUACACCUGGAGAUCACCACAGCAGACAUAUUCCCAGAUUGACCACGUUCUCAUUGAUGGAAGGCACUUCUCGGAUAUUAUCGACAUACGGACAUAUAGAGGAGCAAACGUCGACUCAGACCAUUUCCUGGUUAUGGUCAAGUUACGCCAGAAACUGAGCGUAGCCAAUAAGCUGCGAUAUCAGCCAACCCCAAGGCUCAACACAGAUCGGCUGAGGCAAGCUGAUGUGGCGAGAGAUCUCGCGAUCGCGCUCGGGGAAGCGCUGCCGGAGGACACCACUACCGAGGCGAAAUCCCUCAACAACCACUGGCGUAUUGUGGGGCAAGCCAUCAGCAGCACGGCCGAGCGAACAAUUGGCCGCGUAACACGUAACCAGAGGAAGGAAUGGUUUGAUGAUGAGUGCAGGCGAGCACUAUCCGAGAAGAAUGCGGCGCGUACCCGAAUGCUCCAGCGCGAGACCCGGCAGAACGUGGAAAACUACAAACGACUGAGAAGACAGCAGACCCGACUCUUUCAAGAGAAGAAGCGCAGCUUUGAAGAGUCGGACGAGCAACUGAUGCAGCAGCUAUCUCAGUCGGGGGAAACUCGCCAGUUUUACAGGAUGUUGAAUGCGGCACGAAGCGGUUUUACUCCCAUGAUCGCAAUGUGCCGCAACGUGAAGGGAGAUAUCCUGUCGGACGAGCGAGAGGUGAUCGACAGGUGGAAGUGCUACUUCGACGGACACCUGAACGGAGCAGAUACAGCAAACACAGGACGAGGCACAGGAAGCAGAAUUGAGCAGCAGAAUGGCAGCCAACAUGAUGAAGACGAAGUGUCCCCGCCAUCCUUGUACGAAGUCAUCAGCGCCGUCAAACAGUUGACAUGUAAUAAGUCAGCUGGCAGCGAUGGACUGGUGGCAGAACUGUUCAAGAUGGGGCCGGAGAGGCUUGCCGUUAUCAUGCAUAGGCUGACUCUAAGGAUUUGGGACCAGGAAGAACUACCGGACGAGUGGAAACUGGGUGUCAUACACCCAAUUUCUUCGGAAACUACCAGGCUGGGUUUGUUGGAGACAAAUCGAACACCGACUCUUCGGCAGAUCCUCCAGAAGUGCCGAGAGCACCAGAUUCCUACGCACCACCUGUUCAUAGACUUCAAGGCGGCCUACGGUACCAUAGAUCGGACAGAGCUAUGGAACACCAUGCAGCUGUACGGAUUCCCUGGGAAGCUGGUACGGCUGUUGAGGGCCACUAUGGAUGGGGUGCAGUGCAAGAUGAGGGUGUCGAACAUGCUGUCGGAAUCGUUCGAAUCUCACCGGGGUCUGAGGCAAGGAGACGGAUUCUCCUGUUUGCUGUUCAACAUCGAUCUGGAAGGUGUCAUGCGAAGCGCGGGCUUCGACAUCAGGGCCACGAUUUUUACCCGAUCUCUCCAAUUCCUAGGCUUCGCGGAUGAUAUCGACAUCAUCGGACGGACAUCUGCGGCGGUGUGCGAGGCGUACACCCGACUGAAACGCGAGGCCGCUAGGAUUGGAUUGAGGAUCAAUGCGACGAAAACAAAGUACCUGCUUGCCGGGGGCUCUAAUCGUGAUAGAACCCGACUCGGAAGCAGAGUAUCAGUUGACGGCGACGAUCUCGGGGUGGUAGAGGAGUUCUGCUGA